AUGAAUUUCUUCAUUAUCAUUACGAUGCUCUUCCUCUCAAGCUCCCUCCCCCGCACCGCCCUCACUUUCGGCAUGGAGACCGACUCCACCGUUUUCAUUCCCAUUUCAGAAACCGACAACGAGUUUGAUCCCUCCGUUCCUUUCAAUACCUCCGUUUCUAUCAAUCCCUCCGGAUCCUGCAUUCAAACCCCCAACCUCAACGAUACCGCCGAAGAACUCGGCCUCGCGCUCGACGGCCCCGAGUCUGACGGCGCGUUCUUCCCCCGUGGCGCUAUCCCCCCGUGGGUCACUUGUGAAACCAGCGGAGCCUCUCCCCUCGUGAAGGAUGUCAUUGGCCUCGCCGACUACAUGUUCAACGACAAGCACGUCUGGAGCUGCACUCAAACCACCUCUUUCGGCUCCAGGUGCACCAGGAUCCAGUGGUUCAAAGGUGCGGCGGCUGGUCUCUGUGGGAUGGGUACGAAGACGCUGAACUGCCAAAGGGUCAGCAAGAGCGUCAGGUAUCUUGCUGAGAAUUGUGCUCGCAAUGGGAGGGUUGGGGGGAAGUUCAAGUACAAUAGCAUCGACGUUACGCUCAUCGUUUACGCGGCGUGA